CACCCUGUGCCCCACUGCCUGUUGCUCAUGUGGGGUUUUUAAUAAGGUGGAUGCAGGAGUUAGUCUUGCUCUCUUCUGGGUGACGCGGAUUGGAAGGGGUUCUCCAUACUCUCACCAACGAUUUCUUCAACCCCGUUUGGUUUACUUUCUUUCACUAGAUCUGCAUUUUCUUAGAGAGCAGCCAUGAAGUGGACCUGGGUGCUUGUGGUAGUCUUGCUGUCCUUUGGAGGGCUAUCUCUGUGUAGGGACGCCUUGGACUUCCCGGAGUUUGAUGGCAAGGACCGCGUCCACGACCUCAAUGCCAAGAACUAUAAGUCUGUGAUGAAGAAGUACGAUGUCAUGGUGGUGUACUACCACGACCAUCCCGGAUCCAGCCGCGUCGCCCAGAGACAGUUUGAGAUUGAGGAGUUGGCCCUUGAGCUUGCAGCCCAGGUCCUGGAUGAGUUUGAUGAUGAGGAUAUUGGAAUCGGUCUCAUUGAUGCAAAACACGACAAGGCUAUUGCAAAGAAAUUAGGCAUUGAUGAGUCCGACAGCAUCUUCGUCUUCACAGACGAUGAAGUCAUAGAAUAUGAUGGCGAACUUGCAGCCGACACUCUUGUGGAGUUCAUCUAUGAUGUUCUUGAGGACCCAGUGGAAAUUAUUGACAAUAGUAGGGAAUUGAGAGGCUUUGAGAACAUCGAAGAGGACAUCAAACUGGUGGGCUACUUUAAGAGUCACAAGUCAGAACAUUUUGAGGCUUUCGCCGAUGCUGCUGAAGAGUUCCAUCCUCACAUCAAGUUCUUUGCCACAUUCAACCCAAAGGUCGCCAAGGCCCUGGAGCUGAAGCUCAAUGAGGUGGACUUCUAUGAACCCUUCAUUGAUGACCCAGUGGUCAUCCCUGGAAAACCUUACUCUGAGGAUGAACUGGUGAAAUUCAUUGAAGAUAAUGACAGACCAACCCUGAGGAAGCUGGAACCACACAACAUGUACGAGAUCUGGGCUGACGAUGUUGAUGGCGAACACAUCAUUGCUUUCGCAGAGGAGUCUGACCCAGAUGGUUUUGAGUUCCUGGAGAUCCUGAAGAAAGUUGCAGAGGAUAACACAGACAACCCUGACCUCAGCAUUGUCUGGAUUGACCCUGAUGACUUCCCUCUGCUCCUGCCACACUGGGAAAAGACUUUUGGAAUUGACCUGUCCUCCCCUCAGAUUGGUGUUGUCGAUGCUGAUGAUGCUGACAGUGUGUGGAUGGACAUGGAUGAUGGUGAGGACUUGCCCUCUGUAGAUGAGCUGGAGGACUGGAUUGAGGAUGCUUUGUCAGGAGAAAUUGACCCUGAUGACGAUGAUGAUGAUGAUGAUGAUGACGAUGAUGACGACGAUGAUGAUGACGAUGACGACGAUGAUGACGACGACGACGAUGAUGACGACGAUGAUGAUGACGAUGACGACGACGACGAUGACGACGAUGACGACGAUGAUGACGAUGAUGAUGACGACGACGAUGAUGAUGAUGAUGACGAUGAUGAUGAUGACGACGAUGACGAUGACGACGAUGAUGACGAUGAUGAUGACGAUGAUGACGACGAUGAUGAUUAUUAAAUCACCAUGUCAUAAUUUACUUGCUGACCAAUACAGUUUCAAGAGUCAACAUCGUCAUCAUUAACUCUCAAGUCUGUCAUGUUUUUCAUUUGUCAUCACUUCACUCUGACUUCUGAUCUUUUUGUCAUACUCUCUGCAUCUCACCCGAACCAUAUUCCAUUAUAUGUUUCUCCCCUACAUAUUCAUAUCUUGUAAGGAAGUACUCUCUAAGAUGCCACAGUACAUUAAUUCCCACAUGUAAAACUGUCUGGUACAAUAAAAAAGGAAAUUCUCUCAAAACCUUGCCAUCUACCGCUAUUGAUUUUUAUAUUAUUAAAGUUUUUUAUUUUCCUAAGUACUGGAGGGGUUGCAUUGUUUUAUGAAUUUUGUCUGAGUCCAUCUGGAGUUUGUUACCGUUUGAAUGUGUUUCAUGUGUGCUCACUUGUUUUCUUGUUUUCCCCAGUAUUGAAACAAUCGGGGUCAGAUCCAAGGGUGCUAGCAGGCUUUUCUGACACGUACCACCAUCCUACUCUGUGAAAUCAAUGUAAUGCUGUACACUGAAACUGCUGUACAUCACAUGGAUGUUUUCUACGAUGAUGAAUAAUGACAACAGCCGUAUUCUAUUUUUGUAACAAGAGGAAUUUAACUUACUGUAAAGUCUUAAAUAAAAGACAGUUUGGGCAGAAACCCGCUGCUGUAUAGUUUUGAAAGA